CGGAGACACUGCUGAACACAUCAGAUUCAGAGAUAGUCGACAUUGAGUAAGUGAAUCGGAAACUCGUUUUUCUCAGACCUGUGCACUGGAUUCCUUAUCGGAUUGACACCUGCCGUCCUCGACUUCCUACAUCCUAGCUCCAAGAUGAACUGACCCAGUGGCAGGCACGAUCCUGGCAAGUCCCAACAGUACAUCAACCUCAAGGGUGCCUCAAGCUCAUUGAUUGCCAUUGCCAUUGCCCAUCUGGCAUCAACAGCGAUUUGGGUUUUGUGGGGAUCAACAUGUCGCGGGAUUGGCAGGAUUUAUUGCGUGGCGAUUGCGGCGGAGCCAGUGCUUUGACUCAGUUGGGCUCGCAUUUCCAGGCGGAUCAUGGCGAUGCGGGUCCGCCCAUGGUGCGGCGAGUGGCGGAGGUGGACCGGGCCCGUGAAGGGCGGGUCAGUCAUGCGGGCCCCGAUGGGUUGGUGGAGGAGUUCUUGUCGGCCGGAUCUCGAUCCCGAGCUCUCAAUGGCGCGCCCUCGUUCCACAUGGACACCAUUUUGGCCGAGCAAACUGGACUGGGGCGUACUCUCGGCGCUCGUCCCAAACACCAUCAGAGGGCUCAGCAUUGGGUUGAUGGCUUUGCUAAAGAACAAAGUGAAACUUCGGAUCUGUCUCAAAGUGCAUCUUGGGUAGAAGACUUUCAAGACCAUACGCAACCUCAAUCACCGAUCCGCAGUGUAUCCGCCCAACCCAGUGCCUUGGGUCAAACUUGGGCUCAUGAAUACCUUCAUGAUGAUAUUCCGGUGUUAAAAGAGGAGCUCGUCAAACAUCCUGGAGAUGAGGAAUUGGCCGCUAUUGCCGAUCAAAUAUUUGCCGUGGGACAACAAGACCGACUUUUCUCUACUUCGGAGUUCAUGGCAUUCAUGCAAGAGAUUGGUUCCGGGGAUGCGAUCGUGACAGAUGGAUGCAAACCUGAUCAGCAUCCCUUGUCUCUCUCAGGUCCGGGUGUGAAGCCGGAUGUUAGGAAUGAAUCCGAGAAAUGGGUCGAAGAGUACUCUGAAUUCACGGACGACGAUUUUUCAAAUCUGGAGGCGCUCAACCAGGAUUAUUGGACGAAAUUGGAAAGUCAAUGGCAAGCUUUGGCUGCAGAUGAAGAGGAAUCUUGGGCCCAAGAGUUUAAGGAUAAUUCAUUGCUUGAGUCUUACGAUUUCAAGUCAGAUAAUCCGUUGAUAAACCAUCCCAAUGCGUUGUCUGAGGGCAAGCUCAAAUUAGAAAAAGGGGAUAUCCCGAGCGCUGCGUUGCUCUUUGAGGCUGUCGUUCAGCAAGAGCCCGAUAAUGUGGAAGCUUGGACGCUUCUGGGCACGACACAAGCCAAAAACGAUCUCGAUACCUCUGCCAUUGCCGCCUUGAGGAAGGCCUUGACUUUGGAUCCCAACAAUAGUUUGGCACGAAUGGCCCUUGCCGUUUCGUUAGCCAACGAAAGUUACCAAGCCCAAGCUUGCCAUACCUUGCAAGAAUGGAUGCGCCAACAGCCGACAUUUGCCCAAUUUGCCACUCCAUCCCUAUCAGCUCCUCCAUCCACGUCAUCUUUUAUGAGCAAAGAGCUGCAUGAAUCUACCACCAACAUGUUCUUAAAAGCCAUCCGAAGUGACUCAAAAUCACAAGUAGAUCCGGAUCUUCAAACAGGCUUAGGCGUGCUCUUUCAUCUCAGUGAGGACUAUGAAAAGGCAUCGGAUUGUUUCAGGUCCGCUCUCCAAUCUCGCCCAGACGAUGCGUUGUUGUGGAACAAACUUGGAGCCAGUUUAGCUAAUGGAAACCGACCUGAGGAAGCCGUGAGUGCCUACCACAACGCUCUUAGUUUCUCUCCUGGAUUUAUUCGAACAAGAUUUAACCUCGGCGUUAGUUGCCUUAAUCUCAAGUCAUAUCAAGAAGCCGCCGAGCACUUUUUGACGGCCUUGAACUUUCAGGCAGCCGGUCGUGGUCCGCAGGGGACCGAAUCGAAGGCCGUUAUGUCCGAAUCAAUAUGGUCAUCUUUGAGGUUUUGCUUGUCACUCAUGGAUCGCAAGGACUUACACGGCGCAGUAGAUGAGAGAAAUCUCUCCAAGUUAAAUGAUGUUCUUUCUACCACCGGACUCUAGUCAUCAAUAAAUGCCACUUAGCCAA